UCUGCUGCUAUCUGAUCUAUGAUAUGUGAUCUCUUGGAUAAAACAACACACUUCCAAGCACGCACACGCUUGAUCGCAAACCAGUACCAGGUACCGCUGCUGAACAAAAUGCCUUUCUCCUAGCUACAGCAGCAAUUCUCUUGGUUUGCUGAAGGCUGACGAUGUUGCCAUGUCUCCCGCUCUGCCGUCGACCUCCUUUGCUCUUUCUCUGCUUGGUCUUCUUACCCUUAGGGCACCUCUGCCCUGCCGUCUGCAGCUGCAUGGACUACCACACCAUUGACUGCCGAGACCAAGGGCUUCCCCGCGUCCCCAGCCCAUUCCCAUUGGAUGUACGGAAGCUUCUCAUCGCUGACAACAAUAUCCAGGAGAUCCCCGCUGAUUUCUUCAUCUUUUACAGUGACCUGGUCUACUUGGACUUCAGCAACAACUCCAUCGCCACCCUGGAGGACGGCACCUUCAGCAGCUCCAGCAAGCUGGUCUAUUUGGACCUGAGCUACAACAACUUGACGCAGCUGGAAGCUGGCAUCUUCAAGUCGGCGGAGAAGUUGAUCAAGCUGAGCCUGGGGAACAACAACUUGGCCGAGGUGGCCGAGGGGGCCUUUGAGAGCUUGGAGCAGCUCCAAGUGCUGGAACUGAACGACAACAACUUGCAGACGCUGAGCGUGGCUGCCCUGGAAACGCUGCCCAACCUCCGGUCCGUCCGCUUGGAGGGCAACCCGUGGCUGUGCGACUGCGAUUUUGCGAGCCUUUUCAGCUGGCUGGAGGAGAACGCUUCCAAGCUUCAGAAAGGUCUCAAUGAAAUCCAGUGCACUGUUCCUGUGGAGGAAAUAACCAUAUUUCUCAGUGAAUUAACAGAAGCCAGUUUUAGGGACUGCAAAUUUAAUUUGUCCCUCACGGACCUUAUCAUUAUCAUCUUCUCCGGUGUCGCUGUCUCCAUUGCUGCUAUUGCCUCCAGCUUCGUUCUGGCGCUGAUUGUGAACUGCUUCCAAAGAUGUGCGCCCAGUAAAGAUGAUGAAGAGGAGGACGAGGACGACUGAACCCCGUUCGAUGUCCACAUGGCUGGAUCGGUGUCCGCCGGUGUCCCACGCUA